CACGAAACGACCAAAGCAAAACAAUUGGAGAAGACAGAUCAGAAAUGACUCUCAGUCCACAUGUAACUCACUUAUCAGGCGUUUGUAAGCGUGCUCUAAAAGGAUAUUUAGAGGAAAAUCACCUUGGAGUAUUUGACUGGGAGUCAGUUAAAAGUCACAAUGAAUGUUAUUUAAAAUACAGUAGUAAGAUGAAUUUAUUAUCCUUAUCACAAUACAAUAACAUUGGGAUGUUACCCUUAGUUGGAUUAUUGUUCAUUGUGAUACCUGAACUCGUUAUUUAUGAAUUCCAAAAAUGAAGUAUUGAUAAUGGAAAAGUGAUGAUUGAUAACAUGGAUCAUAAUGAGAAUAUGUACUUGUUCAUGAAAUUAUGUUCACUAAUUGAAAAGAAGAUGAUUGAUAAUUUUAUUUAUUCAGAUUUAAUAUUGGGUCAUCUCAAUGUCUUUUCCUCAUUGUUUAUCUUAGUCAUAGUAUUCAACAAACCCUAGCUUUUAAAAUAAAUAUAUAGUAUAAGUCAGUAAUCAUAACUUUACAAUUUAAUCUUUGUUUUCAG